AUGAGGAGGAGGUGUCAGCCCCAGGUCAGAGUCCAGGAGGAGGAGGUGUCAGCCCCAGGCUCCUCAUCUGACACCACCCGGCAGCUCAGUGUGUUGGUGGGGGCAAAUGUGACUCUGGGCUGCCUGUUUGAUAAGCUGUCCAGGCUGGUGGAGUGGAGCGCUCUCACCAUUGAGUGGAACGUGGUGGAUACACAUGCAGAGAAGAGCGUAGUGUACACCUUUGAGGAUGGAAGAGCGCAUGUGAACAGAGAGGGCUCUGAGGUGGACAGAAUGCAGUUGCUACAGAGUGAUGCUUCUCUGCAGCUCCACAAUGUGACUGUGGGAGAUGAAGGGCUGUACUCCUGCAGAAUCAUCACCCCUGUGGUCUACACAGAGACCACCUCACUGGAAGUGCUGGCGCGGCCUUCAGUGUUGCUCCCAGAGAAGGCAGCAGUGACGGAGGGGGAGGAGAAGACGAUACAGUGUGACAUCACAGGUUUCUAUCCAGAGAAGCUGGCCGUGACGUGGCUCAUCCUGAACGGCUCCCACACUGUGCUCGCAGGGUUAAGCCCCCUCUCCCGCGUCUGCACCGAAAUGGCCAUUCACAAUGCAGAUGGCACCUUCAGCAUCCACAGUGGCAUCACCAUGCACUCGUCAGCAGUGAAGGGUGGAAAGAUGAGCCUCAUGUGCCAGGUGGAGCACAAGACCUACAGCCGGCCGUACAACACGUCUGUCACACUGACUGUUCAGGCUCCACCCCAGCCUGUGUACAGUGACGUCACCCUGAUAGCUCUCACCAGUGUCACCAGUCUGCUGCUGGCCAGCGCCGCCAUCGGAGGAGCUCUGCUUCUCUACGCCUAUCUGUCUCCACCAAGUGUUUCUGAGAUCAGCAAACCCAGCAUCAUUUAUGCUCAGGUGCAGACGGACCUCAGAUGCACCAUCAGAGGAGCUGGACAGCGGGAGCUCAGAGUGAGGUGGUCUAAACUCAGUGCAGGCUCAGAGGAGCUGUCAGAGGGGGGCUCUCUGCUGGGCGGGGGGGAUCUGAGUGACCAGGCCUGUCUGCUGUCAGACUGUGAACACCACACAUCCGUCCUGACCGUGUGUCUGACCGUCUCUGAGGACCGGACCCAGUACCAGUGUGAGGUGCUGUGCAGGGGCCAGAGCAUCACCAGAGUGACCACAGUCCGGGUGAAAGUGGAGCCGUCUUUCCUCCAGAUCACCAGCAUCCCUCAGAUCCCCAAGGUGGAGAGGAGCCUGGUGCUCUGCUGUCGGCUGGAGAACUUCUACCCCCAGGAGGUGGACCUGGAGUGGUCCAGGAACGACGGGGAGCCGGUCUGUGGGGUCACACACUUCGGACCUUUCUCGGACCACACCCGGCUGUACAGCCUGUGGAGUAAGAUCCAGCUGCUCAUGGCCAGAGAGGACGAGAGGGCCGUCUACAGCUGCCGGGUCUACCACUCCAGCUUCCCUGCUCCGGGGUACAAGGACGCCCUGUACCACAUCAACACUCAAGGGACUCCUCCUGACGUGAUGUUCAUCGACUGCGAGCCACCGUGUCCCCUGCUGGGGGGGGACUGCACUCUGCAGCUGUGCCUCAAAGACUUCUGUCCUGAGGACGUGUCAGUGACCUGGACUAAAGAUGGAGAGGAGGUUCCCUCUUUCAACACCCCCCCGAGCCUCAACAUCAACGGCCUCUACUCCAUGUACACUUUCCUCAAACUCACCCCCACCAAGCAGGACCGGGGCUCCAGGUUCAGGUGCCGGGUGGAGCACAGUGCCCAGCAGGAGCCGGAGGAGAGGCUCUUCACCCUGCCGCUCACACACAGCCUGCUGAGGAUCCAGCCUGCAGACGCCUGA